UUAUAAUGUCAUCAUCUCAAAAAUGCUCCCAAAAGACUCAACAAAUAAUGAUUCUGGCUACUAAACAUAAUUUUCCUUGUGUAUUCUAUAAAUUAUUUUAGAACAAAUGAUGUUUGUAAAGUACAAAAAAACAGAUUUAUUCAAAGGAAAAUUACAUUUCAGCAAUUAUGUCGCUUAUCAUAGUUUUAUUUUAUGGUUUUGUAUUAUAUUAGAUUGAAUAUUUUUAUGUGGUAAUACUUAUUUCAAAUACAAAACUCAAAAUGAAAUAUUUUUAAUGAUGACAACAUUUUAUGUCUUGAGUAUUUGAUUUGACGUUUUUAUACUUGACGCUGUCACCGUCAUUCUGUCACUGAUCUAAAUAGCAGAAAUGUUGAAUUGUUGAAAUUGUAAAUAAAUGCAAUUUAAGGUUGUUAAGAUUUAAAAAAUAUUAUUAUCCACUAGGAUUAAGGCUUUAACAUAAUCUGAACUAAUUUAUUUGCGAAAUGGCAAGUGAGGAACAUAAAAAACUUUCAGACUACAUAAAAAGUGUGCAUUUAUCACUUAGGAAGUCAAGUUCCAAACUAGGAGCCGACACAGCAUGGCAGGAACAUUGUUGUAAAGUAGACACUUUAUCAAAAUAUGCAGAAUGCAUGCAGAAAUUAGCCACCACACAUUGGGAAACUAACUGUAAUAGUGAUACAAGUGAAGCAACCUCUAGAAUCAAAUGGGCAGUUGAAUUCUGCCACGAAUAUUUCAAUAACCAGUUGUACAAGAAGUACCGAGAUAAAGAGUUGGAAAUUUCUCAGAGUAUAGGUCUACAAGUAGAACUUGAAGAAUCAUUCUCUGAACCCAUUAAACUACUUGAUGUCGGUAGUUGCUAUAAUCCUUUCAAAGUGUACAACAUGUUUGAUGUAAUAGCAAUAGAUUUAUGCCCUGCUAAUUCUUCUGUUCUGAAAUGUGACUUUUUAAAUGUAGCAAUUGGGAACUGUCACAUAAUAAAGGAUUUGACUGCAACUCAACUCCAGCAAGAGUCGUUUGAUGUUAUAACCUUUUGUUUUCUCCUUGAGUACAUACCUUCCUCCGAGUUAAGAAUUGCAGCAUGUGAGAAAGCUUACAAACUUGUGAAACCCGGUGGCAUCCUUAUAAUAAACACUCCUGAUUCUAAACAUGUUGGAGCAAAUAGCAAGAUUAUGAAAUGCUGGAGAUACACACUGGCUCAAAUAGGUUUCAAUAGAAUAAAGUAUGAAAAAGCUAAGUUUAUGCAUUGUAUGGCGUUUAGAAAAUCAUUGGACAAAAAAAUUGCUCAACGAUGGGCAUUAUUGUACAAAGAACCUUAUAUGGAAUAUGCCAUCCAUAUACCUCAAGAUUCCAAUAUUUUAGAUGAUGAAGAGUUAGACACAACACAACACAUAGAUGAAGACUCUGUUCUGGAUGAUUUUCAAGAAUUACCUUUCAAUUAAAUAAUACGUCAUAAU